AUGAGAAACCAAACAGGAAUAACAUUAUUCAUUUUUCGGGGAUUGACAGAUGACCCACAGCUGCAAGCUCUGCUUUUUAUAUUUCUGUUUCUGACAUACAUGUUGAGUGUAACUGGAAACUUGACUAUCAUCACCCUCACUUUGGUGGAUCCCCACCUUAAAACCCCCAUGUAUUUUUUUCUUAGAAAUUAUUCCUUCUUAGAAUUGUCAUUCACAACUGUCUGUAUUCCUAGAUUCCUGUACCACAUGUCAACUGGGAACUAUACUGUGACCUAUAAUGCAUGUUUCACUCAGUUUUUUUUUGGUAUCCUCUUUGGGGCCUCAGAAUUUUUUCUUUUAGCUGCCAUGUCCUAUGACCGUUACGUAGCUAUCUGCAAACCUAUGCACUAUACAGCCAUCAUAAACAACAGAGUCUGUAACCAGCUUCUCCUGGGUUGUUGGUUGUCUGGUUUGAUGAUCAUUGUUCCAGUACUUGGUGUGGGUCUUAAGUUAGAAUUCUGUGAUUCUAAUAUUAUUGACCAUUUUGUCUGUGAUACAUCACCACUGCUGGAGAUAUCAUGCUCUGAUACACAGUUCCUAGAUAGAAUGAUUUUAGCCUUGGCUGUGUUGACACUCGUCAUCACCUUAGGGUUAGUGGUUCUAUCCUACGCCUAUAUUGUCAGGACGAUUCUGAGAUUCCCUUCUGCCCAGCAAAGGAAAAAAGCCUUUUCCACUUGUUCCUCCCACAUGCUUGUUGUCUCCAUGACUUAUGGAACCUGCAUCUUCAUCUAUAUCAAACCCUCUGCAAAAGAAGGGGUGGCUACGAAUAAGGUGGUGUCUGUACUUGCAACCUCAGUGGCACCAGUAAUGAACCCCUUCAUAUAUACCCUAAGGAAUAAACAAGUGAUACAAGCUUUCAGAGAUACAUUCAAAAGGAUUGUAUUGAUUUCCAAGGUGUGA